UAUUUCCUUUACUUCCGGUGUAUUGUGGAAGUAGGUUGUAGGUGUACAAGGUGGAAAGGAACAUGAACUAUUUACACGAACUAUUCAUCGAAUUUCCGUCUUCUGUAAUGACCAUUAAAGAGUCCACUUCGAAAUGAAACUGAUUAAUAAAAAUGUUGAUAAAGAUGGAAGAGGGAGUGUCACCCUCAUACCAGAAGAGUCAGAGGAUAUGUGGCAUGCGUACAACCUCAUUAGCGAAGGAGAUUGCGUCCGUGCCUCCACGAUAAGAAAGGUGCAAAAUGAGUCAUCAACUGGCUCAUCAACAAGUAGCAGAGUUCGUACAACAUUAACGAUCCGCAUUGAAAACAUUGAUUUUGAUACACAAGCAUGUAUGCUAAGACUGAAAGGUCGUAACAUAGCAGAAAAUCAGUAUGUUAAGAUGGGUGCAUACCACACCAUAGACCUGGAAGUGAAUCGUAAAUUUACACUAGCUAAAUCAGAAUGGGAUUCUGUUGCACUAGAGCGAGUUGAUACAGCAUGUGAUCCUACACAGCAUGCAGAUGUAGCUGCUGUUGUGAUGCAGGAAGGAUUAGCACAUAUUUGUCUAAUCACAUCUAGCAUGACUUUGGUACGAGCCAAAAUAGAUCAGUGCAUUCCACGUAAAAGAAAAGGCAAUGUAAAGCAACAUGAAAAGGGUUUACAACGAUAUUUUGAGAGUGUCAUGCAAGGAAUUCUCCGCCAUGUUAAUUUUGAUGUGGUGAAGUGCAUCCUCAUUGCCAGUCCUGGCUUUGUACGUGACCAGUUCCAUGAGUACAUGUUCCAGCAGGCUGUAAAGUUGGACAACAAAAUAUUGCUAGAGAAUAAGAGUAAAUUCAUGCUGAUCCAUUCCUCAAGUGGCUUCAAACAUUCACUCAGAGAAGUCCUGACAGACCCUUCAGUGAUAGCAAAAAUGGCCGAUACCAAAGCAUCUAGUGAAGUUCGAGCUUUAGAAGCAUUUUACACCAUGCUGCAGACUGAGCCUGCAAAAGCUUUUUAUGGUACCAAACAUGUUGAAUGUGCUAAUGAAGCUCAGGCAAUUGAAACAUUACUCAUAUCAGAUAAUCUCUUCCGAAUCCAGGAUGUGAAACUGCGGAAACGAUACGUGGCCCUGGUAGAUAGUGUUCGUGAAUCGGGUGGUGAAGUAAAGAUUUUCUCAAGUAUGCAUGUUUCUGGAGAACAACUCGAUCAGUUGACAGGAGUGGCAGCAAUUUUGCGCUUUCCAAUGCCUGAAUUAGAUGAUGAUGAAGAGGACAGUGACCAUGAAAACUGAACUAAAUAGAAAUUUGAUACUAUAAACUGUGCUUCAUAUAUGCAAGGAUGUAUUUAUUUUUUCACAAGCAUAUGGGAAAGUAUCUUGUUUUUAUUUAAAUAUUGAAUUGUAACUUAAUUUAUAAUUGAUGGCCAAGUAACCUAUAUAUGAAUUGAUCAGCUGCAUUACUGUGUGAUGGCAUAGGCAGGUUGAUAUUUUCUGACUCCCUAGUUUGGUAAGUUCUAUUUUAGUUUCCUUGUCUUUCUUUUGUGGUUGUGCAAUGUGUAAGGCCAAGUCAUUUUUUUGUUCCACUGAUGAAGUGUUACUAUAAAUAUUUGUACUCGUGUUGUACAUCUCAUAAAACUAGUGACUAUAAAAUCCACAUAGUACCUGUGUA